AUGAACCGUCCAGCCCCCGUGGAAAUUACCUAUGAGAGUAUGCGUUUCCUGAUCACUCACAACCCAACCAAUGCAACCCUCAGCAAGUUCAUAGAGGAGCUGAAGAAGUAUGGAGUGACCACCUUGGUGCGAGUUUGUGAUGCCACUUACGAUCAAGCUCCUAUCGAGAAAGAAGGAAUCCAAGUUCUAGACUGGCCCUUUGAUGAUGGAGCACCACCCCCAAAUCAGAUAGUUGACGACUGGUUAAACCUCUUGAAAACCAAAUUCCGCGAGGAGCCUGGAUGCUGUGUGGCUGUGCACUGUGUUGCAGGCUUGGGAAGGUCA